AUGUUAUAUGCACUUGAUUCGUGGCCAUUUGUAGACGGCGUGCGUGGCGCGGAGCAUAUGGAUUUCCUGCAACAACAGGGUGCUCAAGCACGGGAUGCCGCUCAUCCCGCUGCGGUCCUAGCUACGUGGGCUUGUGUUGCGCGCAAAGCAAGACACAGUGCAGCACAGCGUGGCGACCGUAUCGUGUUUGGUGAGGUGACUACGAGGCACGCACCCAGGAUAUUCGGAUCGCCUUACCUUGGCUGGCUGCCGGGAACACGGUCAACCGAUACGGGGGACACGGGCCGUUGGAGCAACCGGAAGCAAUACACAUUAGCGCGGCAUGCGGACGCGGGACUGUUGGGCAGCGUGGCUACAAUUUGGGCUGGGCCAGACGCAGGCUGUGUCAAAGGUGUCAUAGCGCCACGCAACCUCCAGAAGUGCAGUAAGCAGCGCGCGCUGACCGGAAUGGCCCGCUGGGGCGAACACGCGCAGUGGCAACGCGCGGAGUUGCGUGCCCGGUCAGCAUCCUUUGUGGUGGUUUUCGCCCUUGCUGGCCUGGCGGACUCGGAUGUUGCAGUCCGAUGCGCGACGACGCAGACCGGGACAGCGCCAGCGACUUGCCGCAAACGAGUUGGCGCGAAGCGUGCUGACCGGGCGGUACAGACGUUAUCUGCACCAGGGAUCCGCGCGCACAUGGAGGCUGGUGGCAGGACGGCGGUGCGCGAGCGAUGGGCGGGGCGACAUAGACGGUACCGGAUGAGAGUAUGGAUACCAGCAAGGCCUUUGAAUAUAUUUUGUUGCGACUUGCUGUUCCUGCGCUCUCUAUUCCCCUUGCCUUGUCCCAUCUCCUCAGUUCCAUACGGUCUCUUCUCGCACGCUCACGGGACUCCACCAGGUCUUUUACCGCACAGAGCCGCAUCGCGCAUCGGGCGUGGCGUGCGCGGGCUGCGGCGUGGCCGUGGCGGGCGUGUGCAGGAGGGGCACGGGGGCCUGCUGUGCGCACGUGUCGUGCUCGGGGGGCGUCGGCGGCAGGCGGUGCUCCGCGACGGGCUGCUUCGCCGCCCUCUUCUGCGUUUUGCUGGGCUUGGACUUGGUGACGUAGUGGGCGACGAGGAAGAGCUGCGCGGCGCGGUCAGGACGGCGCGGAGACGGUCAGCGGAGACGCGCGCGAGGAGCGGGAUCUCGCGCAGGAACGUGUAUUCAGCGGUCAGCGUGCGCGCGCGGGGGAAGGAAGGGAGACUCACCGCCGAGCGGCAUCCAGCCUCCGGCGCGGAAGAAUGUAGGGAAACACUUCAGCACGUGCGCGAGGCGCGCCGAGUCCAAGCUCUGCAGACGGGGUCAGCAUGUCGUACACCGUAUGGGCCCGAACACGGACGACAACGUGCGCACCUUGGCGUAGCAGGAGUUGCUCAGGUGGAGGUUGUAGUCGCAGUCGUCGGGGCCUGGGGGCGGUCAAGUCAGCUCGAAGAUCGGGACGCGUGCGGGACCGCUGCAAACGGCAAAGGGAGAUAUCGAGGCGGGCCGCGGCUGGGGCCACACAUGGGCCACGGGUUCAGAGCAAAGAUACAUAUGGCAAACGGACCCCAAGGGCGUCGCGAUGGUGUGGGGCAUGGCCAGAAGAACGGAGGGAACACGGAAGACUCACUCGCCCAGCCCUUCCAAGCUACCGUGACAUCGAAUGGGCUCUUGCCCACCGGCGACAGCGCCGCGAGCCACUGCGCCUUGGCGCGCUGCUUGACAUGGCGCGGCUUGAAGAGGAGGCGCAGGCGCAGGAGGUGCAAUCUGAGGCGCAGCGCGAUGAGCGGGCUGAACACGCGAACUAGAGAGCGGGUGAGACGGAGAGCACGCGCGGAUGCGGGGACGCUCACAGUGCCACGAGAGCGGCCAGGAGCGGAGGUUGACGAGGAAGACGAGGCAGGCGGUGUAUCUGAGGAGGCGGACGCCCAGGGAGGCGACGCGUGA